AUGCGUUGGCAGAAAUGGAUGGAGUACGUUACAUUCUACAACAAGGAGUACCCUGAUCGUGCAGUCACCAUUGAUAAAUCUCUUAUGAAGUACUAUAAAGACGAAAGACUUGGCAGCCAGAUCGUGAAUCGUUUUCAACUUAAAAAGCGCGCAGAACCGAACGAUCAACAAAAGAAGUGGCUGAAAUCCAAGCUACAUCCUGACGAAGUCUAUUGCAUGGACAAACUUGACAAACCAAUCGUCUCGAUUAUCAACGACGAUCGGACUGUAGAUGACUGGUUCUUAACAGCAGAAACCUUCAACGCAAAAUACCUCCAUAUGCGCGCAACAAUUCGCGAAUUUCUAUCGCAUGAUGAUGAAAUAUUGCUCAAUAUGGUGUUCUAUAAUGUUGAAGCUGUUGAAGAUAUUAAAGUGGGUACUUUAAACAUCACAUUUAAACGAGGUGGUUUUGGCAUUGCAUACCAAAUAUGGAUCUUCUCAAGUCGAUAUUUACAACGUUCUUGUUCGUAA